AUGGAUGAACCACAAACAUUGGAGGAGAUCAACGCAAACAAAUUCAAAAUUAGACCUAAUGAUGAACUUUAUAAUAUUAUGAUAAGUAGUGAAAAGAUUGAAUUUGAUAGUGCCAAUCGUACAUUCAAAUACAAGGAAUUGGAAAAAGAGGGUAAAAUAAUGGUAAUUCGACUUGUAAAAGAUAGUACUCCACAAUUUGUGAAAAUGUUUCAUAGUGUAAAAGUUCCAGAUGAAACUGACUUGAAAAAAUCACUUGAAGAUGCUGGUUUACAAUCUAUGGCAGUUUUUGAAAAUAGAGGAAUUAUUGAGCCUGUCUAG